UGGAAUGGAGAGGUAAAAAUGGUGAUUACACAAUGUUGUCCCAGAUAAUGGUGAAUCACAUUCAAUGGAUGAUGAACAAACGCUUGAGAACAAGACAUCUGUUGAUUAUGAGAGAGACGACAAGAAUGAUACAUCAACUGCAGACAUGAGUAAUACAGAUGACAGUGGAGAGAUGGGGUACUCGGAGAAGUUAAACUUUGAUAGGAAUUCGAGUGAUGACUCCAUGGAGGAGGAUUUGCCUGAAACCAAGCAAAGUGAUUCACAAUGUAGUACCGAUGAAAUACAAGAAGACAGUGUGGAGAACGAAUCACUUAUUAUCAAGGAACUGGAAAGUCAUGUUGUUGAGAAUAAGAGCCAUUCUUCUAUUCCUGCUGAGAAAAGAAAGCUUCAGGAUGAAGAAGCUAUGGAGAACAAUGAACCUCCAAAAAGGCACAAAUGGAAUUCUAAUGCCUUUACACCAACCGACAAGCCAAAAGACACUACGCAACUGGCUGCUUUUCAAUCCAACUCUUCCUCAUCAGACUCCAAAGAUAACGAAGAUACGACCAAGGAACAAGAUGUUUCCAUCUGUGGAAGAAGCAAUAGAGACAUGUGAUACAAUUUAUAACCUGCAAUGGCCACCUAAUGGUGGACGUCUAUUGGUGGCUGAAUUUGUGGAUCCUCAUGAAGUUGAAACACUCACUUCCCAGCCCCAACCCUCAGCUCAUCAAUAGGUUUCACCGCCGUCGCCACCUUCAGAGGAACCAGAUUCACCUAUGCUCACCCUAGAUGACCAAUUUUGGAAAACCAAAGCAACUCCUAAGAUCUACCAUUUGCCUCUUUCAGAAGAACAAGUUGCUGCAAAACAAGCCACACACUACUACGUGAGGGAAACACCAGGCAGUGGUGAUCAGGCCCUAGUUUAUCUCCGGUUGCUUUUCAGAUUUCUUUCUAUUUAUCAGUCUGUAUGUUAAGGUGAAGAUAAGAAUGUGUCACAU